AUGUACAUCUAUAAAUGUGUAAGGACUAAAUUACUACGAUAGGACGUUUCACUCCCACAAUGUGGGAGUGCAUGAAGAAACACAAUUAGAUCUAGUCACUGCUUUGUAGCCCUUUCUGAAUCCGGCAACAAUGAAUCUACUGGAGUCUCUGUUUAUUCUAAUUGCACUCUCCAUUUUUGUAUUUUUUACUUCAAGCAAGGAUAAUGAUGAGAAUACAUUUAAAGGUGAUAUGGGUGACAAAGGAGAUAAAGGUUACAAAGGAAAUAUAGGUGAUAUGGGUGACAAAGGAGAUAAAGGUUACAAUGGAAAUAAAGGUGAUAUGGGUGACAAAGGGGAUAAGGGAGACAAAGGAGAUAAAGGUGAUAUUGGACUAGUAGAACCAACAGGUCCUAAGGCUAAAAGUGGAGGAGUAGUGUACACUCGUUGGGGAAGGAAGUCCUGUCGUACUGGAGCUGAACUGGUUUAUGAAGGACUAGCUGCAGGUGGUUAUUACAUGAGUCUAGGAGGAGGAGCCAACCAUGUCUGCUUGCCAGCAAAAGAGCCUCAAAAUAUGAAAAAACCUAAACCUUCUCGUCAUUCUUGGAUAUAUGGUACUGAAUAUCAAGAUGUCAAUGGUAUAUUUCCAGGGAAGCAUAAUCAUAAUGUUCCUUGUGCAGUAUGUUAUGCACCAAACAGGAGCACUAAACUGAUGAUUCCUUCUAGAACCAGCUGUCCUUCAUCAUGGACUAUGGAAUAUAAAGGAUACCUGAUGACCAGUUAUUAUGAUCACAAGAAAAAUAGCUUACACGAAUGUGUUGAUGACAAUCCUGUAUCCAUUGAUACAUAUGGGAGUGGUGCUAAUCAUGGUGCCCUGUUCUACUUUAUCCUCUCAACAUGUAUUGGUAUUCCUUGUCCACCUUAUGCUGCCAAUGAAGUUGUUACUUGUGUUGUGUGUACUAGGUAAUUUUUUGCUUUAGUUUA